AUGGUAUUUAUACAGUCAUCUCUUUCAAGUCCUGCGAGAGCUGAUUCGCAUUAUGAGCAUGCGGUCGCCAACGAGUUUUUCAACGAUCGUGGAGGAAAGUUUUGGCUAGAGGUUACAAUAACUGCUCGUGACAUGGGGAAUCUUUUGCGCAAGAAUUAUUUCGACGAAGUGGAAGAGCUUUCAAAUUAUCUUCAAGUAGUGCCACUUUUUAACCUUAUCUAUCGAAAUGCCUCUUCACGACUUCAUCCGAAUUUUCGACUCACUUUCCCGACUAUGCACCUAUACAAUGAUGAGUAUUAUGUUGGAGAGCAUUUUGCUGGAGUGAAAAUUGACAAAAAGACGAAUUAUUUCAUCAGUCAACGUUGUGGUACUGUAUUUUCGGACUGA